AAGGGAAGGUCACGUCGUAAUACUCGUAUUCGUUUGUUCCUUCGGAAGACCGACGUUUGCAUUGCUUCCGCGCUCUAUCCUUCCGACAUUGUUCAUACUUUGACUCGCACUCCCAAGCUCGGCAAAUUUCCUGCACACUGCCAGCUAAUACUGUCUGUCUUCCUCUGGGAUCGCGGUCCUGGUUGCUUCCAAGUAUCCGCUGCACAACAUAUUUAGUCAUUGUGUAGUUUUCAUCGUAUUCACAAGCUUGGCGAGUACCGGUAUAUUAACAGUCCGAGUGAUCUCGCGAAUUUCAUCAAUCCGGCACGGAUGCUGAUCACGUUCUUCUCGCCUCCGUCCAUGAACUCCUAGAGCGGCAACCCCACAUUUUUCGAUUUCGCGAACUAGAUUCAGUGUGGCUGACGGAUCGUCCAGAACCCGGAUUUUGCAUGA